UUUCCGGCAAGCAGCAGCAACACUAAGUACGCAUUAUGCCCAAUUCACCAUUGUAGACAAGGGGAAACACCACCACCAGCACCACCCGAAAGGACUUAUUUUCAUUACCAAGUAAGGAGGACAGGGCUCAGUGACUUCAGACUCACCAGACAUGGGUGUGUCCUACUUCCUAUAUCUGAGCUGCCUUGGCCUUGCCAUUACUGCUCAAGAUCAAGACUGUACCCGACCUGUUGGAAGUCCUAACACGGUUUUGACCGACAAUCGUGACACAUUCCCAUCUGGGACCACAGUUACUUUUGAAUGUGUAACUGGCUACAUAACAGCUGGAGGGAGUGCAAGGAUUACUUGUACAGCUGGCACUUGGAGUCCUUUGAGACUGACAUGCGAGAGGAGGAACUGUGGCUCUGCUGGAGAGGUGGAAAAUGGACAAAUUGAUUAUCCGGAAGGUACACUGUUUGGCGAUAAACUGGUGGUCACAUGCAACACUGGUUUCAUAGUUGUUGGCAGGCAUGAAAUCUUGUGUGGCGUCAACGGGUGGAUAGACAGGUUGCCUGUAUGUGAAGUGGUGACUUGUAGUAGCCCACCUCCAUUUGUGGAUGGCACUUUCAGUCCAGUCCGUGACACAUAUAAUUAUGGAGAGGUUGUACAGUACAAGUGUCAAAAAGAUUAUACACUCGAUGGAUCAAAAUCUAUAUCCUGUUCAGAAAAUGAACAAUUUAAACCCAGUCCACCAACAUGUGUCAAGGUUGAUUGUCCCGAUCCUCUUAUUCAAAAUUCUGAGUUUGUACAGGGCUCUCGACCCCCUCAUGGAUACUUGGCUACAGUGACAUUGAAGUGCAUAACUGGAUAUCAGAUGACAGGAGAAGGUACACUGACAUGUCAAAUAAAUAGUCAGUGGUCACCUGGACUUCCAAGUUGUACAAGAAUAGAACCUCCAACUAAACCUACUCCUCCUACCACCACAACCACCACCACCACCACCACCACAACCAAACGUCCUAAUACCACAAAGCCAACCGGAGGUCCUGGCCCGACUCCACCUGAUCACAACAAAGGACAUGUGUUGAGGGACGUGCUUAUAUCUUUAGGGGUAAUCGUCGGUCUCUGCGGUCUCGGCACCAUCAUCUACUUUACAACACGCAAAGGGGGAAAAAAAGGCACUGAGAAUGACAACCCUGACAAAGAGGCAGCAAAUCAUGGAGAAAACUUAGCGCUCGCGUAACCGGAGCAGUCUUGUUGGUCCAGCAUUUCGGGCUAUGAAAGCGACUUGUUGAGAAGAUGGACAACACUGGUUCAAACAAGUCUUUGAAUGUACUUCCACAUCUACCCUCCACAUGAACGUUAUGCUUUAAGCGGUUCAUCGGAGUAGCUGACAAUUAUUUAAACCUUUUACAGGCCACUAAGUGAAAUGUUUGGAAUGCCUUCACAUCAACAGUUUUCUUGUAAUUAUGAAGGAAUGGCGUAAAUGAAAAGCUUCAACUUUUGAUUGUAUGUAUGCACUAUAGCUCAGAGCAUCAAUCAGCCUGGUCAUUUAUGGGUCAAUCAACACUUGCAUCUGAAUUACGCAAAAAUGAUAAACAAAACAAAACAAAACAAAAAAAACAGCCUUGGAUAUAGCCGCUAUUCAAUAUUUUUUUCACUCAGAAACAUUCACAAAUCAAGGUUAAAUAGUGUUAUUUUGAUGCUUAAGAACAACACGUCCUCUUACUAUUGACUCAUAGAGAUGUUGCACUAUCACUGUAUCUGAAAUGGAAAUGGUAAAUUCCUCAAAAACAAAUAUUGUAGGUGAAGUAGAGAGGAUAUAUUGCCAAUAAACCAAUUCUCCAGUCUUCAGAUUCAGUUUUCACCACUAUAAAGUCACAAUGGCAUCUGUAAAAUAACCUCCCGCAAAGUGCCUGAAAAAAAAAAAGGCAUGUUCCUUAUGCCUUAAUGUGAAGAUUCAAGUGUUUUAGCUUGUGUGUUAAUUGUUGUGUUUUUAUUUCAGUAAUGCUUAAAUGUUAGCCUUGUUUGGGUCAGUUAAAAGAUAUUUUUUUAAUAAGAAAAAAUUGGCACCAAUGUUGGCAUACUGGUUUUUGUGCCCAGUUUCAAAGACAAAAGGUCUUAAGUUUGUUUGUUGUCUUGAUAUUUUUUGUUGAGAUUACUCUUCCAGAGAAUCAGGCAGUCCAGUUAAAUAUGAUUAAUUUAGUAUUAAGACACAGAUAUUGUGUCUUUGGUUACAUAAAGAUGUAUAGAGACUGAUCUCUGAGAUUUUUGCACUUGCCUGGCUUCAAUUGUAUUUAUUAAAAUGAAAUGUGUGUAAAAACAUCUCAUAACAGUUCUUGUAUUGUUUAUGGAAAAUUUCAAAUUCACCAUGUUUUCUAAUCAAUUAAAUAAAACAAUAACAAAGUUA